AUGAACACUGCAUUGGAUGAUUUACAUGGGGAUUUGGUGACUUUAGAAGAUAACGAAAUCAUCAAUAAUUCUGAUCAUUCAUCUUCUCACUCUACUAGUCAUGAGGAGGAAGACGAGGAAGAAGACGAUACUGAGGAUAUAGAACUUAUAGAAAAAGACGGCAAUAAAAUCCUAUCAAGUAGAAUUCAUCCGGAAGACGAAAUCAUAAAUGAUGGGUUAAAUAUAUGGAUUCCGGUUCAAAUGCUCAAGAAGAAUAUAGCAAAGUUCUGGUCCCAUUUUCUAGCAAUUGAAAAGAAAUUAACGAAAGUUAAAUGUAAACAUUGUGGAGAGAUACUAACAAGAAGCGAUGCAAGUUUGACAAAAACCUUUAGAUCUCACUUGAAAACAAAGCAUAAUAUAAGUGCCAAUAAAAACUUCUAUUCCAUGAAUUUCACAGUAGGAGACUCCAAUCUCAAAAACAAUACUUCCAGCACAGAAAUUACACGUAGACACGGCUAUGAUUCGUUAACCUUCAAUUCCGACCAAAGUUUCAAAUGCUUUGACAUAGGAAAAUUACAGAGCAGUAAUUACCUUUCUAUUUCCCAAUUAGUAGCCAUAGUCAUAGCCUCAGAAAAUUUACCGCUGAACUUCUUUGAGAAUGUGUCCUUUAAAUCUCUUUUAUCAAAAUUUCAUAGGAUCCCUCCUUUAACUACCAAUAUAAUAGAGGAGUCAAUUAUAGGGUUGUCAAAAUCAAUUGAUGAGUUGAUCAGAAGGUCUAUAUCAAGGAAUGAUACACAAUUACCCUUUACUAUCCAUUUAUCCGAUAGUAAGGAAUCAAAUCAACCUCUUUACUUGAAAUAUUCUAGGGAAAUUCGGGCACAAUUGUCUAACUUGGACUUAUCCCAUCUUAUUUCUGUAAAUUUUACAGAACUGGCUGGAAAAAGAUCAUUAUUUUCUUUGCAACUGUUCGAUAAUACCAACAAAGUUUCGAAGGGUUUACCAUUAUCUAUUUUUGUACGUAAAACAACGGAUAUAGAUAUUAGUGUCUGGCAGGAACAGCUCAACAAUUUGUAUUCGAAAUACCCUGGCUUACAAAAAUCGGUGAUUUCUAUAACUUUGCCUCAAAGCCAUUAUACAAUGGUACUAGAGAAUAGAAACAGUCAUAAUUUUACUUUCCAUAGCGGGAGUGUGAGGGAGAUAAAGUACCAUACUUGCAUAGUAUCUGAAUUACUUCAUUGUUUUUUACAGCCGUUGUUUAAUGUUCCUACUGAAUCAAUGCUGUCUUCCUUUUCUGUGGCCAAAGAAAAUCAUUCAGGAGGCUCUUUGUUAGACUCAUUAAUAGAUUUUUCCCAUAUUGAUUUAUCAUCUACUAUUCUCGGCAAAAUAUGCUGUUUGAUAGAAGAAGUUAACUUAAACGACUCCCUAAAAUCGGAUUUCCUAUUAUACUGCCAAAAUUAUACACAACCUAACUGCAAUGAACUUACUUCAAUCCUUUCCUGUAACUGCGAUAGAUUUUCAGCUUUGAAGAGUAUCUUAGAAAAAUUUGCAAACUUAGUUCCUUUCUUCAAGUCUAUCAACUCUCAUUUAGAAAAUGAAUCACUUAGUGAAUCCGAUUUUCGUCUAAUAAACACGGUAGAAGAGACGUUAAGAACUUUCGAGCAAUCAAUUGAGUACUUUGCUUCUUCCGCUCCAUUGAAAUUUACCCAUACCUUGGUUUUUAUCAUUAAGUUUGAGUUAUAUUUGACAGAGAUUAUACGAAGCUUCAAAUUCACCAAAUCUAAAAAGCCCUUUGAAAAAAUCCUAGCAAGGCUUCUAAAAGUUAAAGACCUUUAUUUACUUGAUGAUGUAAACUUGAUUGGUGCUUUCCUGUAUCCAUCAAUCUUCCAAAGUAAAAGCCUUCUAAAUGAAAUCUUUGGCACAACAUCGGUAAAUAAAAUAGUUCAUAACAUGACCAAAAUUGUUCUAAGGUAUCUUAAAAACUUUAUCAAUAUAACUAAUUUUCGUUCCUCUAAUAGUGGUGGGGAGAGCGGUCGGAAUUCCGGUAAUAAUCUUCUUUCUGACUACGAGGCCAUUUUUAUGAAAGAAUCACGGGACGUAGAGCUUUUAUGUAACACCAAGUUAACCGCACCACUAACAGAAGAUUCAUUACUUGUCCAAAUCAUUCGGGAUGAUCUAUUACGCUAUGUCAACAGAAUUGCGCAUGAGCUGCCUAAUGCAUACCAUGACUACUUAAAUGAUAAUGAUAUUAGCUUCGAUGGAUCUCACUUUACAAAACAUGAGUUAUCUGAGGAAAACGACUCUAACUCGGGGGAAUGGUGCCUAAAUCCCAUGGAAGAGACAUUUGAUAUUCAUAUUCCUAUCUCGGAUUCAAUUUGGAAUAAUUACAUAAGCAGUAAAAACAAGAUUGAAGUAAUCGAUAUUUUACUUCAGUUGCUUUCAGUAAAUUCGACAUCUUCAAUACGGUCAGAAUUAUCUUCUCUAACAGCUAAUCAAGACUUCAGUACCAAGUUGAGUGAGGAAACAAUUAAAAUCAAACUUUUGAAUUCACAGUUUAAUCUCGAAAAAAUUAAUUUUCACUCUGGAUCAAUUUUCGAUGCUUGCUAG